CCGGCCCGCGGCCCGACAACAACAACUUGGAGAGUCCCAACUGGCAGUCCUUCCACCCGACCCUGCGCGAGAGGAACGCGCUGAUGUUCAACAACGAGCUCAUGGCUGACGUCCACUUCAUCGUGGGGCCCCCGGGAGCGGCCCGCAGGGUGCCCGCCCACAAGUACGUCCUGGCCGUUGGGAGCUCUGUCUUCUAUGCCAUGUUUUAUGGCGAUUUGGCAGAAGUUAAGUCAGAAAUCCACAUCCCUGACGUGGAGCCCGCAGCCUUCCUCAUCUUGUUAAAGUACAUGUACAGUGACGAGAUCGAUCUGGAGGCCGACACGGUGCUGGCCACUCUCUAUGCUGCCAAGAAGUACAUCGUGCCGGCACUAGCUAAAGCCUGUGUUAAUUUCCUGGAGACCAGCCUGGAAGCCAAAAACGCCUGUGUCCUGCUGUCCCAGAGCCGGCUGUUUGAGGAGCCCGAGCUGACCCAGCGCUGCUGGGAGGUCAUCGAUGCUCAGGCGGAGAUGGCUCUGAGGUCUGAAGGCUUCUGUGAGAUUGACUGGCAGACGCUGGAGAUCAUCGUGACGCGGGAAGCUCUCAACGCCAAGGAGGCCGUGGUCUUCGAGGCCGUCCUGAGCUGGGCGGAAGCAGAGUGCAAGAGGCAGGGCCUGCCGGCCACCCCGCGCAACAAGAGGCACGUGCUGGGGCCCGCCCUCUACCUGGUCCGGAUUCCGACCAUGACCCUGGAGGAGUUCGCCAACGGCGCUGCCCAGUCGGACAUCCUGACGCUGGAGGAGACCCACAGCAUCUUCCUGUGGUACACGGCCGCCAACAAGCCCCUCCUCAGCUUCCCGCUGACCAAGAGGAAGGGCCUCGCCCCGCAGAGGUGCCACCGUUUCCAGUCCUCCGCCUACCGCAGCAACCAGUGGCGCUACCGCGGGCGCUGUGACAGCAUCCAGUUUGCCGUGGACCGGAGGGUGUUCGUGGCAGGGCUGGGCUUGUACGGCUCCAGCUCCGGGAAGGCCGAGUACAGCGUGAAGAUCGAACUGAAGCGGCUGGGGGUGGUCCUGGCUCAGAACCUGACCAAGUUCGUCUCGGACGGCUCCAGCAACACCUUCUCGGUCUGGUUUGAGCACCCCGUGCAGGUGGAGCAGGACACCUUCUACACGGCCAGCGCGGUCCUGGAUGGCAGCGAGCUCAGCUACUUUGGGCAGGAGGGCAUGACGGAAGUGCAGUGCGGGAAGGUGACCUUCCAGUUCCAGUGCUCCUCGGACAGCACCAACGGGACCGGGGUCCAGGGUGGGCAGAUCCCAGAGCUCAUCUUCUACGCCUGAGGUGGCAUGGGUACGCCGUGAGGGGCGCUGGGAGGGGGAGGGACGUGCAGGAGGCCGUGCUACCCCUCCGCCCCCCGCCGACGGCCUCGCCGACGUCAUUAAAGACCGUGCUUGGUUUGUA